UGAAAGUUAAUCAAAGAUAUUAUAUAUCUUCAAUUCAUUCUCAAUAGUCGAGAUAUUCUAUACCUUCAAUUCAUUCUCAAUUCAUUCUCAAAUACUCUCGAGAUUAAUCAUAUUUAUAUUUCACCUACUUUCCAUCAUAUUCAAACUCUUUUACAACACAAGCGCUCUUACCAUCAUUCGUUUUCGAGACACCCAACACAAGCGCUCAUCAUAAUUCCUUCCAACAACUACAUUUUUAUAUUGUCUUUAUUUAAUAAAUUAAUAUCUCUUUCCCCUACAAAUCCAACCUCAUCAUCUCAUUACGAAUCAAUCGAUUCCCACAAAAUGAUGGAAAAAUCCAAACUUCCCGAUUCCGAUCUCCCCAACUUUCAACAAUCAGAAUGUGAAAAACCACCCAGUCCACUUACUCAUUCACAAGAUUCAACUUCUCCUUCUCCCAAAGGUUUAAUCACAUAUGAUGAUCUCCCAUCAUGGCAUCAAGAUAAUCCAUCAAUCUAUACCUCCUAUCGACCUAUCACUCACUCACUCCGAGAUUCCCUCGAAACAUUCUUCACACUCCAUAACGAAACACUUAAUAUCCAUACUCAUUCUCUACCCUUUUUAAUAAGUCUCCUCCUCACCGGACUUAUCUUUUACGUCUUUUCCAUUCAUUUUCCCACAAGUCCAUUGGUGGAUCGAUUUAUUUUUUCUCUUUUUUUUCUCACGACCAUGAUUUGUAUGGGUUUUAGUAUGGGAUAUCAUACGUUGAUGAAUCAUUCGAAAGAGAUGGCGGAGAUUUGGUUAAAGUUGGAUUUUGUGGGGAUUGUAUUGGCGAUUUUGGGGGAUUUUGUGACGGGCAUUUAUGUUGCCUUUUAUUGUGAGUGGAGGUUUCAAGUGGGAUAUUGGAUCAUAACUCUCACUUCCGCAACCCUCAUCCUCCUACUACAUCCACACUUUCAAGGUCUCCGUUGGCGUACCUUUCGCGUAUGUAUUUUUAUAGGGACUGGAUGUUCGGCUUUCGCACCUAUUAUUCAUGCCAUUGUUUAUUUUGGUUGGCAUCAAGUUGUGAAUGGAACUGGUAUGCCUUGGUAUCUUGGAGAAGGAGGAUUUCUUGUUUUGGGAGCAGUGGUUUAUAGUUUACGUAUACCCGAAUGUUAUUUCCCCGGUAAAUUCGAUAUAUUAGGUCAUUCACAUCAAAUUUUCCAUCUUCUAGUGGUGGCAGCAUCGGUAAUGCAUUUGGUGGGGUUAUUAAAAGCUUAUGAAUAUGAGUAUUAUUAUUCGAGAUGUUCGAUGAGAUAAUUUGUGGGGAUGGGGA